UUGGAAGUGGAAAGUGAAAGUAGUCAGGAAAAGCCAAAACAGUGACUCAAGUCAAAUGGCGCAAGUUCGUGAAACAAUUGAGCUACUUACUCACAUUUUGAAUGAGAACGGAUGCUCUAAACUUAAAGCGGAAAUAUUCAGACUUGCAAAGUUUGAUAAAGAUGAAGCGGCAUUGGUGCUCUGGAAGAUGCUUUUUGAACUACUUUACUAUUCAAAAUAUGGAGUCAUUGAUGAAGUGACAAUAAGAGCAUUUUCAGAACUAACAACAGAGGAACUUGUUGUUUAUGUAAAACAAGAAUUUCAGAACUUAGGAUUUCUCUCCAAAGAGUUCAGCCAUCUUCCAAAUGAUGCCAGUUCUGGCAGCAGAGAAUUACUGCUGGCAUUUGCAUGGUUGUUGUGUAAACAAAAUCUCGUUGACAAGUUCAUGGACAAUUGCUCCUCUCCCAUAGAGGAUUCUUCAUUACUAAAUGAGCUUGAGAGAAACAAGCCAGCAUCAGAAGGCAGAAGUUUAGCCUUGUCAACAUCCCUGUCCCCGGUACAGAAGGUCCAACAACUACAGCUCUUGAAUGGGAAACUAAGAAGUAGUUUGAGGAGGCUGUAUUCAUUACAAAGAGAGAAAGCUAAACUGCAGCAUCGUGUGAAUGAGUGUACCCAGGGUGCCUCCCUAACACCUGACAUGCCUCACCUGUCCUCCCUAGAGGUACACCUGCUGAGACAUCCCCAGCUGAUGAGCAAGAUCAUGACCCUCCUAGAGAAAGACAAUGUGCGACUCCGACACAUGCAGGAGUGGAGGGACCAGGAACAGGUCUUCUGGAAGUGGAUGGAGAGUGUCCUUGAACUCAAGGUCAAGGAAUCUCCUCGAAAUGAAGAGACACCAAUGAUGUACUACAAUAUAGGGCCUGACCCUGUGUCACGCAUGAAUGAAGCCAGGAGGAAGUUGGAGGAAGCCAUCCUUAGAUACGAAGCAAUCAUUGAACAGAUAGAAGAAAUGUGGGAGACAAAGAGAAGUGAAGUGUCUGCUGAAGAGUUGGAUGGAUUACUAGACCUUCUGAACAUGGAGCUCUCUUUGCAAAGGUCCAAUCUUGCUAUGGGCAGUUCAGACUUUUUCAUGUUAAGAGACCCAACAUUUGUUUUGAACAAAAAAGAUAAGAAAAAGACGAACCUUCCCAAGCACUCAGAGUGUUUACCCACAGCUCUUGGUCCUGGUGAUGACAUGGGUAUGCCUGCAGAAAUCUCGACCGAGAUAGCAGCCUUAGAAUCUCAGAUGAGAUUGCUGGAGACAGAGGUAGCCAGAAAGACUCAGUGUUACACCUUUGACCUUGAGAGACUUUCUGUAAGGGUUCCAGGAGCAUUACUGGUCCAACCAGCAUCUUGUGUAUGAAACUGCUGCCAAAGACAACUAAAUUAGCAAUAGUGUAUGUUCUGCUCCUGCCCCUACAUUAUUUUGAAAUACCAGUCCACUGCCAAUUUUUUGCAUUGUUUGGUAACAAUAACAUCAUCAAAAGGAAAAAAAAUUACAUAAAAUUUUAAAUGAAAGGUAAGUUGAUUUUAUUAUGGUAUUGUACAUAUACCUGUUUUUAAGGUAUUCUUCUCUCAUUAGUGACCUGUAUUCUUUACAAAUGUUUUUAGGUCAAGAGGUCAUUUUCACUGCUGAUAUUUCACUGUAAUGUUAGUUAAAAAAAUAUUGUGGCUGACAUUAUAUUUCAACAUAAAAAACUUGGUUUACAAUAUUGAAUUUCUUUUAAAAUAUGUGAACAUUGGAUAUUACACUGUAUGUAAAUAUGUGAACAUUUAUUUGGUUGUUUUUUUUUAAACAUUUAUUCCAACGUGUUAUGUUUAUUUACAAUAUAAAUAUUUAUUGAUAUACAUGCAUUAUAAAUAUUUGUGUUAUGUGUGUUAUAUAUGUUUAUAUGUCUUCAUCAAAGUUCCGUAUCAUUGAUAUGUAAAUGAAGUGCUUUAAACAGUUUCAUAUGGUUAUAGCCUGCUAUUGAUUGUUCCUGGAUUAAAAUAUUUUAAAUUUU